CGGGUUUUCCGCAGUACCUUGCCAAGCCAUGUCCGAACAUCUCCACAACUUACUUUCCAAACUAUAAUGUAGUGACCAACUUUUCUUUCCCUGCAAAAGGAAAUAUUCAAAUAUCCCUUAAUUUAUUUAUUAAGUUAAACCUUUGCAAAUUCCUUGUUUUGUUUUCUUCUCUUUGGUUUCAGUGUUUAUUUUUUGAAAGAAAGAACGACCUCAGUUUUGUUUUUGGGAGAAAAGAAGAUGAUGGUGGCUUGAUAUUGAUGUUUUAGACUGAGUCGUUUCUUGGUUUUUAGCCCUUUGUUUGCUUUGUUCAAACUGGUUCUGGGAAAAGAGUUUUUGGUUAGGAGAAAGACCAAACAAUGGCAAGUGAAUCGCGCCGUACUAGAAGAACGCCCACAAUUCACCAUAUAACGAACUCGGCUGGCGAUCUCGAUAGUGAAAUUGGAGGCGAAGAUUUCUCUAGAUACACAGUUCAUCUUCCCCCCACACCUGAUAACCAGCCAAUGCCGAUGGAAAUUGCUAUGCAAGUGGUAGGAAGCGGGGAACAGUACGUUUCGAGUUCCAUGUUUACUGGGGGUUACAAUCGCGUUACUCGUGCUCACUCCAUGAAGAUCGUUGACUCCGAUCCGGCAACGGUGGUUGCAGAAGGGUCGUUUUGUGAACUACCUGGAUGCGGUGCCAAGAUGAUGACUAAUAGACAAGGCAUAGAUGUGUUCCCAUGCGAAUGUGGUUUCAGGAUUUGUAAUGAAUGUUAUAGAGAUGCUCUGGCAACUGGUGAUGGGUUUUGUCCCGGAUGUAGAGAGCAUUAUAGGGGGUUGGAUGUGUCUGAGAUGGCUUCGGCUAGCCGAACACGGUCGUCUAAAUCCGACAGGAGUUUUCCAGUGGCGGAAUCAACUGAGCUCUUAAUGAGGAAUCAUAGUAAUGAGUUUGAUUAUACUCAAUAUUUGUACGAAACGAAUAAGAGUUACGGAUAUGGGAAUGCGGUGUGGCCGAUGGAUGGUGCGAAUGGGAGCAGGCAUGACAUCGGUGGUGACCCCAAGUUUUUUCAUGACAAGCAGUGGAAGCCUCUAACACAGAAAUCGAGCAUACGUGCUGCACUACUUAGUCCAUAUCGGCUCCUAAUCCUUAUUCGAAUUGUGGUUCUUGGAUUAUUUUUAGAGUGGAGAAUCAGCCACCCAAAUGAAGAGGCAAUCUGGUUGUGGCUUAUGUCUGUGGUUUGCGAGAUAUGGUUUGCCUUUUCUUGGCUGCUUGACCAGCUUCCUAAGCUUUGUCCGGUUAAUCGGGAUGUUGAUCUCAAUGCUUUACAAGAGAAAUUUGAAAACCCUAGUCCGAAUAAUCCUUCAGGAAGAUCUGAUCUACCAGGCAUAGAUGUCUUUGUUUCUACUGCCGAUCCCGAGAAAGAACCACCUCUUGUCACCGCAAAUACCAUUCUUUCCAUUCUGGCAGCCGAGUACCCUGUUGAGAAGCUCGCUUGUUAUGUUUCUGAUGAUGGUGGUGCACUACUAACCUUUGAGGCCAUGGCGGAAGCUGCCAGUUUUGCCAGGAUUUGGGUUCCUUUCUGCAGGAAACAUGAAAUUCAGCCUAGAAACCCUGAAUCCUAUUUCAAUCUAAAGAGAGAUCCUUACAAGAAUAAGGUGCGACGGGAUUUUGUACGAGACCGCAGGCGGGUAAAACGUGAGUAUGAUGAAUUUAAGGUCAGGAUAAAUGGUCUUUCUGAUUCAAUUCGACGACGUUCUGAUGCCUUCAAUACAAGGGAGGAGGUAAAGAUUUUGAAGCGAUGGAGAGAGGACAAUAGUGAUGAACCAAUGGAAACUUUGAAGAUACCAAAAGCUACUUGGAUGGCUGAUAGCACCCACUGGCCCGGCACUUGGACAGUUCCUGCUCCGGAGCAUUCUAGGGGCGAUCAUGCCAGUAUCAUACAGGUGAUGUUGGACCCUCCUAGUGCUGUGCCUCAAAAUGGUACCGAAGGCGAUGGAAAUUCUAUGGAUCUGAGUGAGGUUGACAUUCGUCUUCCUAUGCUGGUUUAUGUUACUCGUGAAAAGCGACCUGGUUAUGAUCACAACAAGAAGGCAGGGGCCAUGAAUGCACUUGUUCGAGCUUCUGCCAUCAUGUCCAAUGGCCCCUUCAUACUUAAUCUUGAUUGUGACCACUACGUUUAUAAUUCCCUAGCAUUGAGAGAAGGAAUAUGCUUUAUGAUGGACCGAGAUGGGGAGUGUAUUUGUUAUGUCCAAUUUCCUCAGAGGUUUGAAGGAAUUGAUCCAUCUGACCGCUAUGCCAAUCACAACACGGUCUUCUUUGAUGUUAACAUGAGAGCUCUUGAUGGACUUCAGGGUCCUGUCUAUGUUGGAACAGGAUGCCUCUUUCGCCGGACUGCCCUUUAUGGUUUUGAGCCACCUCGGUUACGAGAUAACCCUGAUUGCUGUAGCUGCUGCUUUCCCCGUACUAAGAAGCCUGCAACUGUUGCUUCUGCUCCUGAUGUUGACCCUGAAGAUGUUCAGCUAAGGGAAGAUGAUGAAAUGAAUAUUGCUCUUAUUCCUAAGAAGUUUGGAAACUCGACUUUACUUGUUGAGUCUGUCCGGGUGGCAGCAAUUCAAGGCCAGCCCCUUGCAGAUCAUCCUUCUAUCAAAUACGGACGAGCGCCAGGUGCUCUCACAAUGCCUCGGGAGCCUCUUGAUGCAUCCACAAUUGCAGAGGCAAUCAAUGUCAUCUCAUGCUGGUAUGAAGAUAAGACUGAAUGGGGGCAAAGUGUAGGAUGGAUCUAUGGAUCAGUAACUGAAGAUGUUGUCACAGGGUAUAGGAUGCAUAAUCGUGGGUGGAGAUCUGUUUAUUGCGUGACCAAAAGAGAUGCUUUCCGUGGCACUGCUCCAAUAAAUCUCACUGAUAGACUUCAUCAGGUUCUACGCUGGGCCACUGGCUCGGUCGAGAUAUUCUUCUCACGCAACAAUGCCCUACUAGGCAGCCCGAGGCUUAAGUUUCUACAGAGGAUUGCUUAUCUUAAUGUUGGGAUAUACCCUUUCACUUCCAUAUUCCUCAUAGUUUACUGCUUCCUUCCCGCACUGUCCCUCUUUUCGGAUCAAUUCAUAGUUCAGACACUCAACGUAACAUUCCUCGUCUACCUCUUGGCCAUCACCCUGACCCUUUGUGCUCUUGCGGUGCUAGAAAUCAAGUGGUCCGGCAUUGAACUGGAAGAGUGGUGGAGAAAUGAACAGUUCUGGUUGAUUGGAGGCACCAGUGCUCAUCUUGCUGCAGUGCUCCAGGGGCUAUUAAAGGUGAUUGCCGGUAUCGAAAUAUCAUUCACCCUGACAUCAAAAUCCGCUGGUGAUGAUGUGGAUGAUGAUUUUGCUGAUCUCUACAUCUUCAAAUGGACAUCUCUCAUGAUACCCCCACUCACCAUCAUAUUUGUUAAUUUGAUUGCCAUUGCGUACGGAGUCCUGCGUACGGUAUACAGUGAUGUACCUGAAUGGAGCCAUCUUCUAGGAGGUGUGUUCUUCAGCUUCUGGGUAUUGGCUCAUCUGUACCCCUUUGCAAAGGGUCUAAUGGGAAGACGAGGGAAAACACCUACGAUCGUAUAUGUAUGGUCAGGUCUGAUUGCAAUCUCUAUUUCUCUACUGUGGGUGGCCAUCAAUCCCCCAUCACAGAAUUCUGAUAUUGGAGGGUCAUUCCAGUUCCCUUGAUUCAGAUGACUUCCCAUUGUAUUGUUUUACGCAGGGGAAGGUUGCACAUUUGUAUACCCAUUCUUUGAAAGUUACAUAUAUAUAUAUAUAUAUAUAUGCGAUUGGUUGAUUAUUCUGAAAUUAGAUUCAAUUAAAUUCCUUCCAUCCUUGUGCUUUUA